CUUUCAAAGUCCAGGCUGUUCGGCUCAGACUUGAAGUGAUCAUUCAGCUCUUGACUUGAUUAGGGAAAAGGAUGACAGGAGCAACUUUUAUGCGAUUUGCUGCCCGGACUGUGCUAUCGGCACAUGCUUGUAAAGCCGUCAAGAUCCGAGGAUAUCAUCGACAAUACUUGACUACUUUCAGGAGCAAUACCUCAACUAUUAACGGUGGAAGAACUGCAUUCUUUCUCACCUUACCAGUACUAUCUUAUCUAGGCUUGGAAGCCUACAGGAGGGUGCAGAGUGCAACUGUGGUCCAUGCUCUGGAAAAAGCUGAAGAGGCUGUGGAACAAGCAGACUACCUGUACAGCUGUGGGGAGACAGAGAAACUCUACCAGCUUCUGCUACAGUAUAAGGACAGUGAUGAUGCGGAGUUCCUGUGGAGGCUAGCGCGGGCAUCUCGUGACCUCUCCCUCCUCGCUCACAUUGCUGCUGACGAGAAGAAGAGGCUGACCUUUGAGGCAUUUGAAUACGCCAAGAAGGCCCUGGAGAAAAAUGAGGCCUGCUUCGCAGCACACAAAUGGUAUGCAGUGUGCCUCAGUGACAUAGGCGAUUACGAGGGGGUCAAAGUAAAAAUAGGAAAUUCUUACAUCAUUAAAGAACAUUUACAGAGGGCCAUCGAGCUAAAUCCAAAAGAUGCCACAUCUAUCCAUAUCUUGGGUUAUUGGUGUUUUGCCUUCGCUGAGUUGGCGUGGUAUCAACGUAAAGUGGCAGCCAUGAUCUUCGCCUCUCCUCCCACUGCCACAUACGAAGAGGCUUUGGCGUUCUUCCUGAAAGCUGAAGAAGUGGACCCAAACUUCUACAGUAAGAAUCUACUUAUGCUGGGGAAGUCGUACAUGGCAUUGAAGGACCAGGGGAAUGCUGUGCUCUGGCUGAGAAAGGCACGGGACUACCCCCCUCACACAGAGGAAGACAAGGAGGUCCAUAAAGAAGCCCUUGACCUUCUGAAGAAGCUCAGUGCAUAAGAUGACCUAGUCACAUGGAGGCAAGAGUGCACUGUGUUGAUAAUAGGUGUAAUCUAUGUCUAUCUACUAUAUGUAUAUUUUUGUUCCUGACGCAAGAGUGUACAUAGGCUAUACUGUACGGCAUUAACAGGAAAUGAUACAUGCUUAUCUACUAACCUGUGUAUAGUGAUUUACAGAUGCUGUGCUUUAACUUUAAUUAAACGUUAUUUAAAUUU